AUGAUGACGAUGUGCCGUCUGCUGUGCGCCCUGUUGGUGCUUGCCCUGUGCUGCUGCCCGUGUAUCUGCACGGCAUCGGUUGUUGCGGAGCGUGUUGUCCCCCGUGAACCGCUCAUACCGCCACAGGGGACAAUUCCAGAGAUCAAGUCUCCGGAUUCAAGUACCCUUGCGGACCAGGAAGGUGUUGGUGCCGGUGCGGUAGAUCAAUCAGUUAAGGCCGUUAAGGAAGGAAUAUCAGGUGAAUUGUCCAGUACAGAAAAUGGAGAAAGGGCAACUGAACAGGCAGAGUCAGAAAGUGUGGACACUAAAUCGAGAGGUUCAACGGAGAAUUCCAGUAAGUCGGUGGUAAAAAAAACAGAGCAGAAUCCGGAAGUGUUAAUACCUAAUGAAGAGGCUAACCUACAGAAAACAAAUACGAAGACCACGACGACCACAACCACAAAGGCACCAAAUACGACUACCACGACCACCACCACUGCGCCAGAGGCACCAAGUACUACGACUACAGAGGCGCCAACCACGACGACCACCCUCGCACCGUCACGACUUCGCAGGAUCGACGGCAGCCUCAGCAGCUCUGCGUGGGCGUGUGCCCCGCUGCUGCUCGCCGCAUCCGCGCUGGCGUACACCGCUGUGGGCUGA